AUGGCAGCAGAACUCGAGCCGAUAAAGCUCAACCCGGAGAGCCACUUGAUCCUGGACCAACCUCUCCUACGUCUCCCACACGAACUAGCUCGUCGCAAUUUUAAGACGGUACAGCGUAUCGUGGAAAGAGAGAAGGAACAUGUUAUCCCAGCCCUGAAAGAAUCGGCAAACGCCUCGCUCUCCGGAAACCAAGAUGCCGCCCAAGCACUCGCCUCGCUGGAUACGAUGAUAAGUCGGAUGCAGGGACUGAAGCGGAAGAUGGAGACGCUACAGGAAGAAGAGAAGAGUAUCCUUACCCAGUCCAGGAAGCGGAUUGAGCAUCUAGAGGACCUCUUCGGCAUACAGAGCUUGGUGGACGUGAAGUAUGACCGAUGGUCCAGAAUAAGAUUGAACAGGUUGCUCGUUGAUCACAUGCUACGCUCAGGUUAUCUUGAGAGUGCAAAGCAGCUUGCGCAGGAGGAAGGUAUCGAGGAUCUGGUCGAUGUGCAUGUGUUUGCUCAAUGCCAAAGGAUAGCAGAGAGUCUUCGGAGAGGCGAAAGCAAGGAAGCUCUUCAAUGGUGCGGAGAGAACAAGGUUGCGUUGAAGAAGUUACAUGUACGGCACUAUGGGUUUGCUGGCGUCCGUUCCUAA